GUAUGGUCACCGUGCGCGAUUAGUACUUAUUCCUCUGUACAAUACUGGAAAUUUGUAUACAGGUUUGCAAGGACGGUGAAUGGUACGGGGUGUAAUAAAAGUCCGAGAGGGAGUGAAGUCUUUGGUGAUUUGAAGGAGGUUAAGAGAAGAUUAGUGUUACAGCGCGCAACUUUGCUAUGUUUUAGUUAUUUUUAAAAUUUACUCUUCGGGCACACAACCGAUUUAUCAAGAUUUGUUUUAAACUAUAAAAGUCUGGAUUUAUCUUUGUUUGUAGUUCAUUGUUGCUGUCCCUAAUCUCUGAAAGGGCUCUCAGUUUGAGGACAUGCUCCAGCGUUAACGGUAGUUGAGGUUACUACCAUGAAACUUUGUACGGGACGUGUGGAUCUGUUCGUUGGAAUGGAGAUUUGGGUGAUCGCACUGAGUGUAUUGCAGGUGGUGCGGGGUCACAGUCAGUUUACUUGUGAACCUAUCACUGUACCUAGAUGCUUAGGAUUGGCAUACAAUAAUACAUACUUUCCAAAUAUAAUGGGACACUAUGACCAGAACAUGGCAGCGGUUAAAAUGGAGCCGUUUCUUCCCCUUAUAAAGAUUCCAUGUUCUUCGGAAGUGCGUUCCUUUUUUUGUGGAGCAUUUAUGCCAAAAUGUACUCAGCACGACCAUGUGAGUCAGCCCUGCAGAGAGCUUUGUGAGAUUGUGCAUUCUGAGUGCCAAAACCUGGUUGACAUUUUCGGCAUCACUUGGCCUGAAGAACUUCUGUGUGACAGGUUGCAGUUAUGUGACACGGCAACAUCUGCUUCUGUUACCACUGCGACAGCAUCACCACCUUCUGCUCCUGUUACAGAAAGAACCCCGCAACUAGUUCACAAGGACCAUGGAAUUUGGUGUCCUCGUCACUUAAAGACCCCUGCUGGACAAGGCCGCAUAUUUCUGGGGGUUGAGGACUGUGCACCACCAUGUCCAAAUAUGUACUUUAGGGACAAUGAGCUGGAAUUUGCCAAGAAUUUCAUUGGUAUUAUUUCAAUAUUCUGUCUGUGUGCAACCUUGUUUACAUUCCUGACAUUCUUGAUUGAUGUGAAAAGGUUUAGGUACCCAGAACGGCCUAUUAUAUUUUAUGCUGUGUGCUAUAGUAUAGUGUCACUGAUGUACUUCAUUGGAUUUUUGGUUGGAAACCAGACAGCAUGCAAUAGAGCGGAUGAAAAAUCUGGGCUCUCUGAAACCGUUGUGUUGGGAUCGCAGAGUAAAGCAUGCACUAUUUUCUUCAUGUUGCUUUAUUUCUUCACAAUGGCAGGAACUGUAUGGUGGGUAAUCCUGACUAUAACUUGGUUCCUAGCUGCAGGACCAAAAUGGAGUUGUGAAGCCAUUGAACAGAAGGCCUUAUGGUACCAUUCCAUUGCAUGGGGUGCGCCUGGUGCAUUAACUGUUAUGGUUCUUGCAAUUAACAAAGCUGAAGGGGACAACAUGAGCGGAGUGUGUUUUGUUGGUCUGUAUGAUCUCAGUGCAUUGCUUUUUUUUGUUAUUAUUCCUCUAUGCUUUUGUGUAGUUACUGGAUUAUUUCUUCUCCUGGCUGGUAUUGUUUCUUUGAAUAACGUAAGACAGGUCAUACAGCAUGAUGAAAGAAAUCAAGAAAAACUGAAGAAGUUUAUGAUUCGAAUUGGAGUCUUCAGUGGCCUUUAUUUGGGGCCUUUGGUGACACUUCUUGGAUGCUACAUCUAUGAGCAUGUGUUAAGAGAAACUUGGGAAAUCACAUGGGUAUAUGACCACUGUCAAGAAUACCACAUACCUUGUCCACAGAAGAGACAAGUGCUAAGAAGACCAGAACUCAGCCUUUUCAUGAUAAAAUACUUGAUGACUUUAAUUGUUGGCAGUUCUGCUGUAUUCUGGGUCGGGAGCAGGAAGACUUGUUCAGAGUGGGCCAAUUUCUUCAACAGAAAGCAGAAGACAGACCCCAUAAGUGAGAGUCGAAGAGUGCUGCAGGAGUCAUGUGAGUAUUUCCUAAAGCACAACACUAAGAUGCAUACAAAGCAAAAGCACUACCGAUCAGGUUCACACAAACUUAAAGUCAUUUCCAAGUCGAUGGGGACAAGUACUGCAGGUACAACUAAUCAUGGAACAUCAGCAGUGGCACUUGCCAGCCAUGACUGCUUGACCCAGGCAACACUUACAGAGCUGAAAGGCAGUGCCACAGCUUCAGUUCAGAAUUUAGAAGAACCUGGAACCACCUCAAAACCAACUGUGUGUGGUGGAAAGGAACCAUCUCUCCUUGCUGUACCUGAAUGUGUGCAGCCACAAGGUGAAAAGAGGAGUAAGGCAGGAAGUAUCAGCAAAGUAAGCAGCCCAUCUGGCAGUUUGCUGCGUGUCCCAGAUGGAAGGUUAACUCCAAGAAGUGAAUUCAUUGAAAGCCAUCCUUCACAGAGCAGUCAUUCUCAACAGCCAGGUUUCCUCAGCCCAGUAGUAGUAAAGACUGCAUGCCUCUACUUGUGCAUACUAAGGCAGAAACUGACAGGAACCAAAACAGCACACUCCUCCUCAGCAGGACUGAAGCCCUUGUCAUUUCUGAACACUGUUUAUGAAUUCAAGUAUUUUUUUAUAAGUGCACCCUCAUGUUAAAAUCCUGUGUGUGCUAACAUAUUUAUGUCCAAAGAACUGUAUGCACUUUUCAUCAUUUUUAUGUUGUGAAUUUUGUUUUAUCGUAAUUGCUGGCCAUUCCUGAUUUCUCCUAAAAGAUUGCCUAAUUGUAAAUAAGUGAAUAUUGUUUUGCAGAGCAGAAGUUAAACUGCAGCGGGAAAUGAUUUGUAGCUGCUGUGCAGUCCCUCCACCAGGUCCUACCAGGUCGUAGGUUAAGCUGGAGAGACUGUGUGUAUUUUCUAAACUAUAACUAUUGUAAUAAGGGAAUGAUUUGCGUUUUCAAUGGGAACUGCCUUCACUAGCAGCCCCACACCAAGAUGUGGGUUGGUUUUAGUUUACAAAUCUUGUGAAAAAUGUAGUCAUUUAUUGCAGCUUGAUCAUACCUUUGAAACUUGAUGGCAUUAAAAUCAUGUAAGACUGAUCUUCAAAGCCAGAAAAAGAACAUGUCAGUGAACCGUAGAUGUUCAUUGUAUAGUCUACUGUUGCAGUAGUGAUGGCUUAUUAGGGCUUGUGGCUUAUUAGGGCUUGUGCCAUAGAAGAACUGAUGUCCAUCCUGCCUUACCGAGCUUUGUCUCUUUUCCCUCCUGACUUGUCUGAUGCCCCCUCACUUGUACAUCAGCACAUUAAUUGUUUAAGAGGGGGGAGGGAUGUCUGCUAGUGCUACUGUUGCUUCUCUGUCUUGCCGCAGCAUGAAGGUAGAUAGAGGUGUAUUGUAUUAGCAUUCAUUAGUCCAUCAACUCAACAUGGCUUCUGGAGUUUAUUUUAUUUUUUUUUAAUUUGUUUACUUCGGUAGAGCACUGAUCACAAGUAACCAAUUUCACUCUCAGCCAGGGAGUACAAAGAAAGUCGGGAUUAUAUUCAUUGAGAGAUACCUGAAAGUACACAUCUGUAAACUACCACUAUCAGAUAGCAAAAAUUUAAAGAGCUUAUACAAUUGUAAUCUGCAUUAUUCACAAUAAAUUGAGAUCAGUCUCAUGUAGAAAAUGAGGUGUCUGUAUGAUGAUUGCAGCUGUGUUACCUAAGUGGGUUGAUAGGAUAGAGUGGACUGAAAGGUGUUAGAAUUUUUGAGUAACUGGAAGGAGAAGUUGUAUUAAGCAGAUUAUGCAAGUGAGAGGUGUAGGUUGGUACAAUAGAGCAUGCCAUGUGAGGGGCACUAAGAUAGGAGAAAUAUAGAGUGAUUUAGCUCAGGUCAGGUGAUAUGGUUAGGUAAGAGGCAGUGACAUUUGGCUGCUGAAAAAAGGUGGUUCUUUAAUUCAGCCCUACAUUUUGGGUAAGACUAGGUAUCUUUUAUUUGUAGGAAGUACUUUCCAAGAGUUUUGGGCCUAGAAGAACCAAA